AUGCAAUUAAAACAAAAAAUGCCUCCGAAAGGUAACCAGCCCAGUACCAAGACCAUUCAAAAGGAGAAGCAGAAAAUAAUAGAAGAUCGCACUUUCGGGCUUAAGAACAAAAACAAGUCUAAAAAGGUUCAAGAGUACAUCCAACAAGUCACAAAAAACAUUCAGAAUGCCCGAUAUCCGGGUCAGACACAAAACCGUCAGCAGCAGUCGACGGCUGAGCUGAAUGCAAAGAGAAAGGAAGAGGAAAAGAAGGCACAGAUGCUGGCCAUGCUGCGCUCUUCUCUGAGACAGCCCCCAAUCCCAGAGGGCGCAAAUCCCAAGGACUUCCCUUGCAUCUUCUUCCUUCACAACUGCUGUGAUAAGGGGGACAAGUGCAAGUAUAGCCAUAACAAUGACACGAGUCAUAGAGAGGCUCCAUCUAAGAAGGAGCCUGUUGAAGAGGCGUCUGCAGAAGCCAAGGCCGCUUCCGGAGACGAAGAGAAGAUCAGCGCGCUUUCCCAGGCGCUUGGAAAGCUAGACCUAUACAGGGAUAUGCGCGAACAGCUCAUGGAGUAUAAUGCCAGGCAGCAGGCGAACAAGAGCGGCAAAAACUAUGAGUCCAUUCUCCAGGAGUAUAAGGAAAGGUACCAGACCAGAUUUGGAGACCGCAAGGUGUCCAAGGAGACCUGUCCUAACUAUCUUGCAGCUUGUAAGAAGAGGGAAAUCGGCUGGGGCUUUAAGUGCCCGCAGGAAGAAAAGACCGGCUACUGUGAGUUUCGACAUUGUCUACCUCCCGGAUACGUCAUAGAGGAGAAGAAGAAGGUGGAGGUCAUCGAUAAAGACUUAGAUUACGUUGAGAUCGAGGAAGAUAUCGAACGACGCAGAAAUGAAAUCACGUCUGGAACCCCUGUCAACCCAACCACGUUCGCUGAGUGGAAGAAAAAGCGCCUUGAAGCCAAGAAGGCUAUAGAACAAGAAAACAUCACCAGAGUGGAAAACAUACUCAAGCAAAGGGGUGGUGAGCACUAUCAGGGCCUCACAGGCCGCGCCAUCUUUGAGAACAUAGGGCGUAUCAGUGGAAUGGAGGACGUUGCCGCUGAACAGAACAAGGAAGAAAUCGACGAAUGGCUCAAGAACCGGGAGGACAUUGAAGAAGUUGAGAAGGAGGCAGAACAGAGCGCUGGGCAGCCCCUCGACACCGAGUAA